AUGGCACCUGGCCAAAGCCGCAGUGUCUUUGUUGGAAAUAUCCCCUUCAACUUGAGCGAGGAAAACAUCGUCAAGAUUCUCAGUUAUGCCGGAACCGUUGUCAAAUUCAGACUCAUGACCAACCCCGACACUGGCAAAUCCAAAGGCUUUGGUUUUGCGGAUUUUCAAGAUACGGAUUCAGCGGCCAACGCUGUGAGGAAUUUGAACGAUUUUGAGAUCGAUGGCCGCAAGAUUCGAGUCGACUGGCCUCACAAUAAUGAGAAGGAUUCUGUUCCCACCAACUACGAUCAGACUGCGGCUCCCACGGGCGACGGAUUGCAAUCCACAGGUGCAAGCGCACUUCCUCCUCUCCCGUCGGGUGUCGAUUUACCCCCGAAUCUCAGAUGCACCGACGCCAUCUCUCAAACGCUCUCCACAAUACCACCACCGCAGCUACUGGAUGUGCUUACGCAGAUGAAGGCUUUGGCCAUAUCGGACCCUGCCAGAGCAACAUCUCUUCUCAAGACGGCGCCACAACUGUCAUUUGCUAUCUUCCAGGCUCUGAUUCUGAUGAAUCUGGUUGAUCCUAAAGUUCUCGCUCAAGUUGUCGAGCAAGCGGCAAGACCGCCUCAACCAGCAAACGUCCCUCCUCCGCAACCCACACCGCAGCAAUAUCUCGGUUAUCCGCCUCCAUCUGUUGUCCCAGGCCAAAUGCCUCCCAGACCGGCUCCGCAAUACCCUCCGACAACCAUGCAACAGCAACAACCUCCACCACCUCAAGUGCAACCUCAAUUGUCUCAGCAAGAAAUGAUUCAACAAGUUCUCGCCAUGGAUCAGAGAACGAUAGAUUCGUUUUCUCCGACUGAGCGAGCACAAAUCAUGCAGAUACGGGCACAGAUGGGAGUGAGGUGA